AAAUCCCCAUAAAUUCUUUUCCAUAUCAAACGCCUCUCCUCUCCCCUUUCCGGCCGCACGUAAUAAGAAUCCAUAUAGGUCGUGGACAUCAAGCCCGCAGCCUUCAGAGUGUCACAAGUGAAUGGCUGAAGAUAAUUCUCGUUGAGAAAGUGCAAGGCCCUCAGUAUCCCACAAACCGGUGGAGUGUUCACACCAGUUCCAGCUAUGAAACUGUACUCUGUAUCGGAUGGCCCGCCGUCCCUGGCAUGUCGCCAGGCCCUGAAGGCCCUGAACAUCGACUACGAGCUCAUCGACGUCGAUUAUGGAAAGGGCGAGCACAUGACCGAGAAAUACGCCCAGUUGAACCCGCAAAAGGAAAUCCCCACGCUCGUGGAUGGAGAUCUAAUUAUGGGCGAGAGUAACGCCAUUCUGCAGUAUCUAGGGGACAAAUACGACGUUUCUGGUAAAUUAUACCCGAAAGUUCCGAAAGCCCGAGCCAUCGUUAACCAUAGAUUGUGCUUCAAUUUGGCGAUGUAUUAUCGAAAUAUUUCGGAAUACGUUAUGGCUCCUAUCUUUUUUGCCUAUGAGAGAACUCCCCUCGGUCUCAAAAAACUGAAAAUGUCCCUCGAUGUGUUCGAAUCUUACUUGAAGACUUCCAAGUCGAAAUAUGCAGCUGGAGAUCAACUGACGAUUGCGGAUUUCCCUCUGAACACUGCAACAAUGUGCCUGGAGGCCAUUGGAUUCUCGCUGUCCCCAUGGCCACAUGUGGAAAUGUGGUACAACAACUUCAAGGUGAAUCAUCCUGAUCUCUGGGAGAUUCCAGCCGGGGGAAUGAAGGAGAUUAGUUUCUUCGAGAAGAAUCCACCUGACUUAUCACACAUGGACCACCCCAUCCACCCCAUUCGCAAAAUGCAGAAAUGAGAAUUUAAUUAAUAAUUUAAUGUUUGAUUUUUAAUGAUUCAUGAAAUGAGGAAACGAAAUGAAUCCACUUAACUCUAACUUCAUGAAUAUCUCUGAUUCUAGUAGAAAUAGGGGGAUUUUCAUAAGGACCUUUUUUGUAGCUCGCACUUUUUUCAGCAAAAAAAUAGUUAUGGAAAAUUUUCCUAUCUCUCUUAGAUUCCGAGAUAUUUCCAAAAAACUGAAUGAAAAGCGAAAUUAUCUCGUUUUUCCACAAAUUCUCUACAAAAAUACGUAAAGUAAAAAUAAUUGUUGACUAUUUGAACUUAAAAUAUCUGUAAAAGGUGAUGCAUAAUGUACUCAAAUGAAUAAGCUUUACUAUUACUCCACUCGACAUGUAUUCUCACAAAAUAUCUCUCUGGAUAUCACAUAAAUUACAAUCACCAUGUUAUAUUAAUUAUUCCGCUCGUAAUUU